UUCUUCUACGGCUUCUCAAUAUAAAAGAAAACCCUUCCCGUCUUUUCUUCUCCGCUUCCUCCAAAGUCUAGGGAGCUAGACAAAAAAUAAAUAAAGCCCAUCUGAUCCCGAAGCUCCUCCGUCUUCGUUUCUCCGGCGACUGGAAAAGAUGGUGAUGUCGGUGGAGUCGCCGAGAAGGUCGAUUCGUGAGGUGGUCUACGACAGCGUGAUGGCUUACCAUGGAAAGCCCCACGGAAAGCUCCGGCUGCCGAGCGUCGGCGCGGGCGAGCUGGGAGAGACUGCGGGAUUAGACGACGACGAGGAACUUGGAGUUUGGGAAGAGGAGGAAGGGACCGUGGAACUUGUCGAGUUGGGUGCGGAGCGUACUAAGAAUGUGCUUAUUCUCAUGAGUGAUACCGGAGGAGGCCAUCGCGCCUCCGCUGAGGCAAUACGCGACGCGUUUCGCCUUGAAUUUGGCGAUGAGUACAAGGUGUUUGUGAAAGAUGUGUGCAAGGAAAGUGCAGGGUGGCCAUUGAACAACAUGGAGAGAUCAUACAAGUUCAUGGUGAAGCAUGUUCAGCUAUGGAGGGUAGCGUUCCUCAGCACUUAUCCUCGUUGGGUACAUUGCUUAUACCUAGCUGCCAUUGCUGCAUUCUAUGCCAAGAAGGUGGAAGCAGGAAUUAAGAAGUACAAGCCAGAUGUCAUCAUAAGCGUUCAUCCUCUCAUGCAGCAUAUUCCUCUAUGGGUGCUCAAAUGGCAAAACCUCCAUAAUAGAGUUAUUUUCGUUACAGUAAUUACUGACCUAAACACCUGCCAUCCCACAUGGUUCCACACUAAUGUCAAUAGGUGUUAUUGUCCAUCUGAGGAAGUAGCUAAGAGGGCUUCGCUUGAUGGGCUCCAACCCUCCCAGAUACGUGUAUUUGGCCUGCCCAUCAGGCCAUCAUUUUGUAGAGCCGUUCUCUCUAAGGAUGACCUGAGGGUAGAGCUUGAGAUGGACCCUGAUCUUCCAGCUGUGUUGCUGAUGGGUGGUGGUGAGGGGAUGGGUCCAGUCAAGAAGACUGCAAAGGCCCUCGCAGAAUCGCUUUAUGAUGCCUCCGAAGGCAAAUCUAUAGGACAGCUUGUUGUUAUCUGUGGAAGGAAUAAAACUCUAAGCUCCACUCUUCAAUCGCUUCAGUGGAAAAUCCCUGUGAAGAUUAGGGAAUUUGAAACCCAGAUGGAGAAAUGGAUGGGGGCUUGUGACUGUAUUAUAACCAAGGCUGGACCUGGAACUAUUGCUGAGGCUUUGAUUAGGGGACUCCCGAUAAUCCUCAAUGACUUCAUUCCCGGACAGGAAGUUGGCAAUGUGCCUUAUGUGGUGGACAAUGGCGCUGGGGUAUUCUGCAAAAGCUCCAAACAGACUGCAAAACUGGUUGCUCGGUGGUUCGGACCCGACUCUACUGAACUCAAAAAGAUGUCUGAAUGUGCCCUGAAAUUGGCUCAGCCAGAGGCAGUCUUUGACAUUGUCAAAGACAUUCAUGAACUGACUCAAGAGCAGGGACCUAUGUCUAACAUCCCCUACGCAUUGACCUCAUCAUGCACUUCAUCAUUCCUCUAUGGGACAUCAGAGAAUAGCUAAUAAUCUCAGCUUCUUAAAUUUGCUACAAGAUAUUUCUGAACAUAAGUUUUUUAAUAAGAUCUCUUCUCGCUUUGACUGUAAAGUAUGCUAAAUCAGUUGAAGAUUUCUAACAGAAAUACAUGUCAGCGAUUUUGAAUGGAGGGGAAAAAAAUCUACGGGUCACAUUAUUCAUUUAUGUUUUCCAGCCAAAAGCUUCGAUACAUGUAUUAUUUCUCUUUGAUUGUUUGUAUGUGGCUAGCUUUCUGGCAAGUGAGUCAUACUGGGGUUCUGAGCUUCAUACUGAGAGUUGAAAAGAGAAUUAAGAGUCGUGAGAAGUUUCCAGACAGACAUUAUUAUGUAUUCACUUCAACAUUUGUAAGUAUAUCAUUAAAUUUAUUUAUUUAUUUAUUUA